UAUUCGCCUUUUUUUAUCGGAUCUUUAUAUCUUCACUCGGGAAUUGCAGAACUUCCGUAAUUUUUACGGAAUACGUCUCUCUCUGGCAGCCGGAAAUCGUUCUGGAAUGGAGAUCAACAAAACAUCUUCUCUACGGGGAGAAAUAUUCCGUAAAAAUGACCGUAAAAAUCGAUCGCCUCUCUUAGACCUCUUGAAUGAUUGAACGGAAAUACCCACUAUUUCCAGGUCUUCCUGAGGCCCAAAAACUAAUGCAUUUUCUCGAUACCCAGAUCUCACAAUAGCCUCAUAGGCCUCUCGUUAAAACUCAGUUUGAGGUCCAAUCGAAGACAAAUAUGUCGGCUCGAAUAUACAGUGAACAAAUUUGCAGAUGAAACAGACUUUUCAUAGAGUUCAUAGAACUAAUUUGUCAAUAUUCAAAGGAACGUGGUUACAGGUGGGUGAGAUACUCAGGUGCACGUUAUGUCGUACCUGGGAUGGUAACAGUGGGCCAUGACCUCGAUGGUAGCUGUCUUGUUGUCGGCAGAGCACAUCAUCAAGGUGAUAUUCUACCGGCCAAGGCUAAACCUGAACACGGAAUCGCUUAUGUUCCCUAUGGAGGCAAUGAAAUUAUGAAACACGAUUUUGAGGUGUUGAUGCCAGUGGAGUUCAGAUGGGUACCAUCAAGACACGGUCAGGUUCCUCAUGGCGCUGUUGAGGGUGGACGAACCAGUACAGGAGAGACCCUCUACGUGGGUCGAACCAUCCACAAUGGGGUGCCAUGUGUGGGAAAGGUACACCCUAGCCAUGGCAGUCUCUACAUCCCUUACAGUGGACGAGAGAUUCCUUUCAGAGAAUACGAGGUCCUGGUUCAACACUGAAAACCAGAGCCAUAUGCGGAGAAAUUGUGAUGUUACAUACGCCUAAUAAUUGUUUUAAUAAUUUUGUUUAAGAGAAAAAAAUAAUGUAAGUCAAAAUUAUUGGAUUAUCAAUGUUAAUGAGUGUGAAAAUCAAAUUAAUGAGAUGCUGAGAGAAUGAAAUGCUUAUGACUAUGCCCAUUAAAAUACCAUCUCUAGAAAA